AUGGAUUCUCUCAUUGCAGCAAACACCAAAUUUUGCUUUGAUCUUUUCCAAGAGAUCAUCAAAGAUGAUUGUCAUAAAAACAUCUUCUUCUGUCCUCUGAGCCUCUCGGCUGCCCUUGGCAUGGUUCGACUGGGGGCCAGAAGUGACAGUGCACAUCAGAUCGACCAGGUACUGCACUUCGAUGAAUUUUCCCAGAAUGAAAGCAAAGAACCUGACCCCUAUCUGAAAAGCAACACACAAGCGCUGGUUGACAGCUCUCUGGAAGUGCAGAAAGAAACAACAGGGUCUCUGACUCUGCAGACCGAGUCUUCAGGAGAUGAGUGUGCACUGCUCAGCUGCUGCUUCGGGCAGCUUCUCAGCAAAUUAGACAGGAUCAAAGUUGAUUACACCCUGAGUAUUGCCAACAGGCUUUACGGAGAGCAGGAAUACCCCAUCUGUCCGGAAUACUUAGACGGUGUGAUUAAAUUUUACCACACGACGAUUGAAAGUGUUGAUUUCUGGAGAGACACUGAAAAGUCCAGACAAGAGAUUAACUUCUGGGUUGAAUCUCAAUCCCAAGGUAAAAUCAAGGAAGUCUUCAGCAAGGACGCUCUUACCAAUGCGACUGUGCUGGUGCUGGUGAACGCUGUUUACUUCAAGGCCAAAUGGGAAAAAUAUUUUGACUGUGAAAACACAGUUGAUGCAUCUUUCUCUCUAAAUGAGAAUGAAAAGAAGACUGUGAAGAUGAUGAAUCAAAAGGAUCUAUUUAGAAUUGGCUUCAUAGAGGAGCUGAAGGCACAGAUCCUUGAAAUGAGGUAUAUCAAGGGGGAACUCAGCAUGUUCAUCCUGCUGCCAUCUUGCUCUGCAGAUAACGUGAAGGGCCUGGAAGAGCUUGAAAGGAAUAUCACCUAUGAAAAAUUAGUGGCCUGGAGCAGUUCAGAAAAUAUGUCAGAAGAAAGAGUAGCUGUCUCCCUUCCCCAGUUCGCCCUGGAAGACAGCUAUGAUCUCAAUUCUAUUCUACAAGACAUGGGCAUCACGGAUAUCUUUGAUGAAACAAAGGCUGAUCUGACAGGAAUCUCUCGAAGUCCCAAUUUGUACCUGUCCAAAGUUGUCCAUAAAACCUUUGUGGAGGUGAAUGAAAACGGCACACAGGUAGCUGCAGCCAGUGGAGCUGUCGGCAUGGAAAAGGGCACACCAUCCUGGGUGACGUUUAAUGCCAAUCAUCCUUUUCUCUUUUUCAUUAGACACAACAAAACCCAAACCAUUCUCUUCUAUGGCAGGGUCUGCUCUCCUUGA